AGGAAGGGCUGUAAACGUCACCGAGGUAGUUAGGUAACCCCUGGUAUUUAAGGAGGUGAGAAUAAACACUGAUCUUCUUUUAGGUGUGGACAGGUGUGAGAGAGGUUGAACCAGACAAGUCAAAGGAGGAUUUUUAAAGUUGAAAAUAUGUGUUUUGGAAGGUGUGCUAGAUGUGUUGGUUAUAAGCUGCUCAUCCUUGCCCUCCUCUGCAUUGUGGCCAACACUUUACUUUAUUUUCCCAAUGGUGAAACAAGAUUUGCUUCAGAGCAUCACCUCAGCAGAUACGUGGAGUGCCUUCAUGGCAUUCUAGGUGGAGGCUUUCUGGUCCUCAUUGCAGCUGCAGUGUUCAUUGGGCUUCACAACGAUGACAGCUGUGGCCACGAGGGCUGUGGAAAGAGCUGUGUGGUGCUGGCCUCAGUUCUGGCAGCCUUGCUUGGCAUCCUUGGCUCUGGAUACUGUAUAAUCAUUUCAGCACUGGGCUUGUCUCAAGGACCGUAUUGUCUUACUCACCUAGAAAGAAACUGGAUCUACCCUUUCACUGACUCCUCUGGAGGGUACUUGUUUGAGUACAACAAGUGGUCUGAAUGUCAGGAACCUCAAAACAUCGUGCAGUGGAACGUCACCCUCUUUUCCAUCCUCCUCGUUUUGGGAGCAAUAGAAUUCAUUCUGUGCUUCAUACAGAUAAUCAAUGGCAUUCUUGGAGGACUGUGUGGGUUGUGCUGCAGUCAUGAGGAAACAUAUGUUUGCUAGAAACCUGACAAUGUACUGACAUCGCUGCAUGUGUGUGCUGUAAUGAAUACACUGUGGAUUUUUUUUUAAUAUUCCAGGCAAACUGAAAUACAAAUUGUUGUCAAACUGUGCAAACUGUUGCCAUGAAUUUAACUGACCUGGGGCCUUUGUUGUUGGAGUCAUAUGCAGGUUUUCCACUAACCUGCCUGAACUGAAAUGCAAAAUGUCUGAAUAUCUUUUGUUCAUUUCAUCUUGGUGCAGGCAACUGCCUUACCACAUGUCACUAAUGUGGCUUUAUUUAUUUUUCUCUUUCUACUGACACAACAGUUCUGUACUUUGUCCUGUUUUCCCAAUAAAGUUGCUUUUUCAUUCCAAUCUUGGAAUGAACACAAACCAAAUCCAGCCUGGCCUGGAUACAAGAUUUUGGUCAACUGGACCAAAACCAAAACAGCAGUAAAAUGUGGAUGAUUGAGGGCUUUUCAGGAUUUUUCUGAACUUCCCCGUAUUUCACAAAUAAAGAUUUGUAUUAAAAAUA